CAGUGGUGCAUGGCGCCCCGGCGACGCCACUACGCCUGGCGGUAUCGACUGCGCCGCGCAGGCGUGCAAGAACAAAAACCCUGGAUCACGCAUGCGCCGCCCCUGUUCCGAUAUUUUGCCGAAGUCCGAGACUUGCGACACGCGGCUUUUCACGCUGUCGCAUAAUUGAUCCAGUCAAUACUGACAUUGAACGGCCGGUGCACGACUACUGUCGCGUUUGCGUUUAUUUAUAUUCAAAAACGAUAACGCAGCGUUAAGUUCCGAAAGAAUUCCGUGAUAUGGCUUUAUUUUGUGAUAGUGCGUGAACACUGAACAGUGUGUGUGAUGCUUGUGUGAAGUGAAACAUGGAUGUGGCGAAGGAAACUGGUUUCCACGACGAAUUCGGGGAAGAUGAUUUGAAUUCGCGACGCUGCAUGCUAGACGAUUUGCAGCUAGCGGCGGAAUUAGGGAAAACACUGUUGGAAAGAAAUAAGGAGCUCGAAACUGCGCUGCGUCAACACCAAAAUGUCAUCGAAGAUCAGACACAAGAGAUCGAAUAUCUAACAAAACAAACAGCGGCGUUGCGAGAAGUCAACGACUCAAGGCUGCGAAUCUACGAGCAACUCGAAGUGAGCAUCCAAGACUUGGAGCGCGCAAAUCACAGGCUAGCCGUAGACCAUGCUGCCGACAAGAAACACAUUAAGACUUUAUGCGGCACCAUCGAAACAUUGGAAAACAAAUGUGAAGAAUUUCAAAAGACUGUAGACGAUUUGAAUGCCCAGUUGGAGAUUGUCAGGCGGCGAGCUGAACGAAAACCUGCAAGUGAAAAGCCCAAAGAAAACGAUGUAAAAGCUGUGGAAGCUGCAGCGCUGAACACUAAGAACAUCAUCACUCCACAAAAGUCGAUAGCACCUCUUCCAGAACUGACUAAAGAGGAUGAGGACCUACUCAGACUAAGCGAUGAGUUGCGAGAGAACAAAGUAGCUUUUGCGCAAGAACAAAGAAGAGUUACAGAGCUCGAAGAACAACUGGCAUCAGUAAUACAAGAGAACAAUAGACUGCAAGACCAACUAAGAAAUUGGCAUCAAAGAGAUGAUGAACCAAAAUCGAUGCAUGAAGAACUAUCUAUCCUUGAAGAAGUCAGGCAAGGUCAACUUUGUAUCAGAUGUCUAAGAGGCGCCGAACGGGAUGAUAUGUCCUCGAUUCUCGACGGCGAGGACGACGACAGAAGUGCAAUCAGUUCUCUUAUCCUCACUCCUGGUCAACAAAGCCCCCGAGACGACCACGUCACUAGCAAACUUGUCAAAUUUGACAAUGCUAAGGAGAAGCUACUGCAGGGCAUUUGGGCCAACAAAGAAGACGGCCACGAUAACCCAUACAGAGAACUAGUGCAGAAGUAUGAAGCUUUGCUAGAAGUCCAACUUUCGCAAGGGAAGAAUAUCAGAAAGAAUAAUAAACCCAUCUGUUUGCCAAAUACACAAACUCAAUCAGGACCUAUAUCGCUACAAGACGAAUCACAAACAUCUGGCGAUUAUUGCCAAUUCAAUGUAAAAGACACAGAUGAAGAGAGUGGGCACGGUGAAGACGGCCAAAAAGAAAACAAUCAACAAAAGAAAGUAGAAACAACAUCUCGUAAAAAGAUUAUUCAAACACCUGACUUUUCUGAAGCUGAAACAUCAAGUUCGGGCUUUUCAGAUGAAACCAGCAAUAAAGCAACGCAAACAGAACGUGAGAGACCCGGCUCCUUCCUUUGCACAAUUGCAGACGGCGAAGACUAUCGUUUCAGCAUUUAUGACGACGUAAGUCCAAUGGAUAGUCGUUUCCGCAACAGACCAGAAUAUCGCGAACUAUUCAAGGAAAUAUUUACAAUAUUGAAGAAAGCCGCCGAGAACAAGGAUGACGGCGAACAGUUGCCCCUUCUUGACGAUACAACCACAGGAAAAGUACCACCUGUGACUCCCGCCACGGAGGAACCUCCUGGCAACUUCACUGAUGACACCCAGAGCGUACUGUCGUCUGUGAUGUCUGAACAGUCGAUUCCAGUAUCUGAAAUAACUACACCUGAAACAACCAUUACGAAAGAAAAGGAUCAACCAAUCCCCGAGUCCGUAAAUACCCCUGUGAAAAAUGAAACUAAGCAAAGAAAUAUUAAAAAUAACAAAGAGAAACCAGUGGUUGAUAGUACUUCCGUAAAGCCAAAAGAAACAGUAAAAGAAUCAGGGAAAGAGUCUGAAAAGGAAGAGGAAAAAGAGAAAGACCGAGUGUUGACACCAUUAGUGCGUCAACCACUGGAAUACAUCGCAGCUACUAGAAAGAAGUCCAGACAUCGCAACCGCAAACAUAGCCAAGAUCGUCAAGGAGCCGACUCCCCGGUAUUCCCAUCACCGCCAAAAAUUACCUACCAGAAAUCGUCGAGCAAAAAGAGGAGAGACUACAGACCAAUCGAGAUAAGUCCUCUUGUGAGAACAACUGAAGCUGAAUGGAACGGAUCCACACUUCAGUUUUACAAUAGGAGUAUGAAUUCCCCAACCCCCAGUGUCAGCGGCCGGACGGGAAAGAUCUAUCAAGGCUGGAAUUCAGAAACUGAUUCGUGGGAUAUAAAACAAAGCACUGCGUCACAGGAAAUACAUAAAUUAAGAAAAUUAGAACUCUCCUACGCCGAAGUGCUCAGAAACGCGGACAAAACUAAAAAUAGGCGCAAGAAACAUCAGUAAAAUUACUGAAUGUUUUAUUUAAGGACCCCUCUCGCAUGUUAGCGAGAGUUGUGUGAUCAACCGCCAUUUGUCUUUGCCAACUGGACAGAUUUAGUUUUAGAGAUUUUGUGAUCUGCUAGCGUUACUUAUAAUUUGUACCACAAACCAAUUUUGGUUGCCAUAUAUGUUCAUACAUAGAUCAUUUGUAUCGUAUAUUUAUCAAUAUAUAAAAAACAUUAUUCAUCAAAAAAUAGUCCCAUAUUGAAAUUAAUUUAUUAUUGUAUAUUUGAAUUAAAAAUAUUGUACCCUCCGAUGUAACAAAAUAGAAUAACGUAUGUACUUCUUAAAACAUAAUUAUGCAUUUAAUAAAGUCAUGAAAGUAUGUAUGUAUUACAGCUUAAUUUGAAAAUUAUUAUUAUAUCAACUUCGAUGCAUUUGAAAUUUUAUUAUUUGACAUUUUCAACAGAAUGAGUUGCUUACUUUAACUCUAUUCCGUUAAUAUUUCAAGUCACUAUUUUAAUUGUAGGUAUAUUAUGUAUUUGAAUAGUAGGGAAUUUCUAAUACACUUAAAGUGGGGUUGGAACGAUUUUUUAUGUAAUACAUUAAUUAAGAAGAUUAAAGACGAAAUUCUUUUCAUUGUUUAAAAAAAUGGUAUUGCAGCAAAAUAUCGUUAUUACCCCACGUUUAGCAAGGAAUCCCUAUUCAACCUAUUAUGAAUUUAUUUGUAAAUAUUCAUUUAAUUUAAUUUUAUACUUUAAUUUGCCAUGGUAUCUGCGAGUACUAAUUCUUUGUGGAAUUGUAUGCUGAAAAUUUUAUUUAAUGAGAAUGAUGAGGUUGAAGGUAUGAAAUAAAAAUUUGCAUUAAAUAUUA